AUGGAGAUCUCUCUCCGAUUAUUCUCUGAGGAAAGGCGGCUCAACGAGCAAGAAGAAAAGGAGCUUAUUGUCGAAGAGAUGACGAAUAUUUAUGUUUGGAUUCGUACCGCCCGUUCACUUCAAUUCUUUUAUCCAACGAUCGAUGUGGAUUCAUCGAAAUCUUCGGAUCCGUUUUCUGAUUUUUAUGAGAUUGCAAUCGAUGUUAUCGAACUAUUAAAAGAAUGUGAUAGGAUUAGCUUCGAUGAAUUCGAGAAUCUAUGCAAAUUGAGAAUAUCAGAAAUCUACAUCGAAGCAAUAUUCCAAAAUGCAGUUGAACACGGAAAUUUGAACGCUCGCCUGAAACUUCUCACUUUCUCCCUUCUGUUUGCUGGUUUGCAACAAAAAACUAGUGAUUUAUCUGGGAUGAAUCGAAACGAUGUUGUGCUGACAAGGAUUUCAAAGUAUUUUGGGCCAAUAUUCAAGUUACUAUUCCAAUUAGAUGUUGGAAAACGAUUACAAGAUAGAGACAUUGUGCAAGCGAUUGGGAGUGGACAGGGAUAUGAAUUUCUGGAUGUUUUAUUCGAGGGAACCGUGAAACAUAAGCAUGGAAUAUCAAAUCAACACGGAGUCCGUCCUCUUUCUCAUAUUGUUCCUCUGAUUCUCGAGAAAGCAAAUGGAAUUUCUCUUCCAUUUCUGUGUAAUGAAAUCAGAAGACAUUUAAUCAAAGAUCCAUAUCAUAUUGAUGAAUUUUCAUCUGAAAAAUCAGUUCAAAUAUUCAAUACAGUGAGAAGAACUACUCUGGCACAUAACAGUCGAAGAGUUGUUCAUUUACAUUAUAUCAAUCGAAUCGAAGUAUUGAGAAAAGAUGAAUUCGCAAAUGUUCAUCUGAGAAUUUGCAAUGAUAAACCAAAGGCCUCGUUCGUUUUUGUUCCUUUGAGAUGCGAAACAGUCUUUCUCGAUAGUCUAUUCUACACAAAAUAUAUAUUACUCGGAGCAGUUCGAGGUAUUGUAAUCAUCAAAGACUGCCAAGGAACCCGCAUUUCUGUCAGUUGUGAUCAGCUCAUUAUUAUGGAUUCGAAAAAUUUGGAAGUUCAUUUUAUGUCGCCCAAGAAACCACUGGUUUCAAACAGCCAGAACAUCACUUUUGCUCCGUUCAACACGAUUUAUGAGGGUCAACAAGAAUUUCUAGAGGAAAAUGGACACUAUUUUGAAAACAAUUUGGUGAUGAAGGAACCCAUAAUAUUCAAAAAUGGUUCGUGGAAAAUGGAUACGUCGAAGUUUGUAUGUCAAAGUACUCCAUUACACGCAACGGAUAAACAAUUUGAGAUUCUUCUAAACUCUCUCCCUGAAGAAUACCGUAUCUCCCACUACCGUAAUACUGUAGAAGCCCAGAAAUUGAUGGCAAUGGAUUCGGAAAAGUGUCGAGUCAAUGACGUGGUUUCCAAUUUUGAUCUACUCUAUUUAAAAUCAAAAAUAGAGAAGAAAGGAGAAGGAAGCGACGAGAAUGAAUCGAGAGUUUGA